AUGACAUUCCCCGAAUUGCGCAAGGGGACGGCGAGCCGCAAGUUUGGCUUCCAUCCGGCGCCGCGAUCGUCGCACCGGCGUGGGUCGGCGUUUUCGCUCCUCGGAGGGUUCCCGCCCGUCAGCGAAGAGGAAAUAGAACUUGAAGCUGCCGGUUCCGAGGCGUCAGGGUAUGGCUCGUCGACAGCGCCUACAAAAUCGCAGUGCUCGAGAACCUCGUCUUCGUCUACGAGCGCGAGCAGCGUCGCGUCCUCACACUACGAGGAACUUGACAGGGGUCUCGUCGGGGUGGCGGCUGGGCAGCGGAAGCAUAGAAGCUCGGGGUCCUCUGGGAAGGGACACGUGGGGAAGAAACACAAGACUCGGGCCUUCCGGAGAGUCUGGGAGGGUCGUUCCGAGGGCUUCUGA